GCUACUUUUAGUAAGUUUAUCACCAUUGGGAAUAAAUUCGUCAGGAGUAUUAGUUUAUCACCAUUCCUAUAGAUUCAUACACGUCUAAAUCUGGUGAUAAUCAUUAAAUUAUUACUUUGAGUGUAGAUGGUUGCCGGAUAUUAUUGUCGUCCGUUUGUUCAUAAACAAACAUAAUCUUAUUGAUUUGAUUUCAAUCAACAUUUUACUUUUAAUAGGUUUCAUUGAAAUUCAUCCAAUAAUUUGAUUUGCAUAUAAAUUUAUUAAUUUAAAUCGAUGCGAUUUGCUAUAUAGGGAAUCUUCGUACGACGAGAACUUGCAAUACAAUUCACACAAGUUGGUAAUAUGGACCAAAUAGAUAUGUUCAAUACUUAUAAGGCAUGAAUCAGAAAUUGUGCAGUAAAAUAGGACCAUAUUUUUUUACAAUUCGUAAAAGAAACAAGAAUAUACAUAAACAUAGAAUAGAUUGCGAAGUUUUCAUUUUAACUAGUAGGUUAAUGUAUCAUACAUUUACAUAUAUAAAAAGUGGUGUAAUGUUAUAUGGAAGAAAUUGUAUACAUGCACACUUACAUAGUUGCCUUUAUUAUCUGAACUACUAAAUACUUAAUUGGGUAAAUUUGUAAGACUAGGAUCUGAUAAAACAAUGCAAGUAUGUAAAGUACAUAAUUGAACCUAUUAUGUUAAAUCUAGUAGUGGGAAACAUAUCUACCUCUCAUAACCACAUCCACACUGUAUUAAGUGUGAAAAAGUAACUGAAAAUCGUUUCAUAUUUGAUUCACACCAAAGCUACACCGAACUUUUAAAAAUUUAGUUUGAAGUUAAUUAAGUUCCUGGUAAAUAAAAUGCAUCAUAAAAUUGACAAACUAGAAAUUUUAUACGACGGUUAUUAUUAUGACGUAACCGAAUUUUCAAAGAGACACCCGGGUGGCGACAUUAUUUUAUACUACACGGAAAAGGGGGAAGAUGCGACGCAAGCUAUUCAGCAAUUUCAUAAUCGAUUUUUCCGAAAAGUUAGGUCAAUGAUGAGCAAUCUAAAAAGACGGCCAGCCCCUGAUAAUGAAAGUCCACUAACACCCGAAGAGAGGAAUAGACAUCAGAACAUUACCAAUGAUUUUAACGAAUUAUUUUCUUGGAUGCAAACUCAAGGCCUGUUUGCGCCAUCACCGUUGCGAAAUAUUUGGCGAAUUAUUGAAUGUUCGUUGAUUUGGAUGACUGGAGUUUAUUUUUGCGGUAAUAGUAGAUUUAGUCUGCAAUUCCUUGGGGCCGUGCUAUUUGGACUUGGCGCCGGUCGCGCAGGUUGGGUAAUGCAUGAAGCGGGACACCAUUCCCUAACUGGGAACCAUAAGGCUGACAGAUUAAUACAGUCAAUUAUUUUGGUUUGUGUUUACCAUGGACAUUUUCUAGGUGUUCUGGACGGAGUUGCGGGAGGAUGGUGGCGCAGACAUCAUAACAAACAUCACGCCAUGCCACAGAGAAUUGAUUACGACUUGGACCUCAAUACCAUGCCAGUUGUCGCCAACGCUAUAGAAAUUGUCAAAGAUGGACGCCAUGGGAGGUCUUUUUUCAUUCAAAAUCAGAAAUGGUUAUUCCUGGCAUUAGACUGUUGCCUCGCCACAAUGGCUUGGCGGAUGUACAGCAGUCCAAGAAGUGCGAUAAAGUACAGGAAUUACUUUGACCUGGUCAUGAUGGGGAUUCAUUGGUGGAUUAUGCUCUCAUUUGCAGCACCAUGGACUAUAAUAUUUGGAAUUUGGGUAGCGGGGACGUAUCUAUUUGGGAACUUUGCCCUAUCCCAUAGCCGUCUACCCGUGGCUAAGAAACAAACGCACUGGGUUGAGUAUGCAUUUCGUCAUACAGCAAAUAUCAAAUCAAGUUUAUGGAUGGAUUGGUGGACGGGUUAUCUUAAUUUUGAAAUUGUACAUCAUCUCUUCCCUACCUUACCACCGUUUCGAUCUUAUUUAGUCAGGGAUAAGGUGAUGGCUCUGGCUGCCAAGUAUGAUCUUCCCUACAAUGAGGUUUCUUACAUGGAAGCGUGGGCUCAAAAUUUCAGAAAUUUGGAUAAUGUAGCAAAACAUUUUAAACAAAUGUAAAAGUAAGCGGAGAAUGUUCUUGUGAGGUUAUGAUUUUAAUAAAGGAUUCCAAUUUAGAUAAAGGCA